AUGGAGCUGGUCGGCCAGUUGUCGGAUGACAUGUCCGAAACAGUUGUUGGAAUUGCUGUUGAUGCUGCUACCGCCGCAGCUUCAUCAUCCAUCGCUUGCGGUUUGGACUGCUGCUGCUACUCACUGACCUCACAAAUGUACACAACAUACAGCCUAAUACACGCUCACCCACAGAGCGCUGACGAGGGCGCAAGCCAAGUGCGGAGUUAG